AUGUCGGAGCCAAAAUCGGCAGGCUCUAAACGACCACGAGAGAAAUACUCCCGUCUGAUUUGCCUAGGCUGCGGUGAGCGGCGGAUCAGAUGCGAGCUGCCCGAUAAAGUGGAUAUCCCCGAGCCGGGGGAGCUACGAACCGUUCAAACACCAUGCUACCGAUGCAAGAGACUGGGCAUUCCUUGCGUUGUUCGGCGGGCCAUCAUCGGCCGACCAGGACCGCCAAAGCAUCCAAAUACGGCGCUGCCAUCCAGCAGCAAAGACCUCGAGCGGCGGGGAAGGGAAACAUUGCUGAUUCACAGCCCGCAAUCGGCUGAAACAGUCCUCGUCAUUCGCGCCGUCGACACUCUUCGCCGCCAGCGCGUCGAAGAGGAAUGGUUCCGACAUCUAGCGACCCAUAUUGGACGCACAGAGGCCUUGGAUCUGUCUAUCAAAUGCAUGGUUUCAGCUUGCGCUCUUGCAAGAAAAGAGCCAAAUCUCACCCCACGAGACUGCUACGAAGUCCUUGCCCUUGCCCUCAAUGCACUGCAGGCAAACAUCAAGAAGUCUGACGGAGAGCCGAGCGAUGAUAUGCUCGCGUCUACGGCGCUACUAGCUCCCUUUGAGGGCGUGAUCGAGGCGCAUGGUAUUCCAACGCAUCGGCAUGUUGAUGGCCUCGCUGCAAUCUUGGCCGCAAGACCUGCGUCGUAUCCCGUUACACAGCUGGCGAGGGAGAUUCUGGACUACUAUACUUGCGAGUCUGCCAUCGUGGCCUUUAUCCAUGGCAAGCCCUCCUGUUUCGAUGGCGUUGAUCGAGCGUACUUUCUGAACGAUCGGAUGGGAUUCCACGACAGUGAUCGAGCUCAGCUUAAAGCUCUCGGCACCGAACUCUUCAUUCGUACUCCGCGGCUCGUGGUGCUCGUUCGCUCGUUGCGCCUCGCGCCGUCUCCCCCGAAGCACUUGUUGCUGGAUGCACUUGGCUUGUUGAGGUCACUCCUCGCGCUGCAAGACUCGCAUGCCGAGGAGCGCUUGCUGCGGAACAUCGAGAUCCAUCACUCGCCCCUCGGUCAGAGCCUGCGUUUUGCCCGUGUCCAGGACUUUGAAGCACUCGCAUGUUACUGGCAAACCCGACUGUCCCUGCUUCGACUGGAAUCGCGUAUUCAUGACUUGGCCGUGCAAGCCGACAGUGGAGAUGAGGCAGUCCGCCCUACCUUUGGACCUAGGACCGAUGAGAUGUCCCGGCUUGUCAAAAACAUUGUGAUGUGUUCGGAAUACGUAGGCGAACAACCCAUCCGCAGGCACUUGCAUCUGUUUGCAUACGCGAUGGUGGUGGUUUGGGGUGUGACGAUGGACUUCAACCGGGAUAUGACUGAAAGCAGACUGCCUGACCUGUUGCUACGAACCAUGAACCGUGCCCUGUCGGCAGAACCUGCGCUCACAAUCUCAGACAUGGACACGGCGGCGGACAUAUUUGCAGGUGGAGAGCCGAGGGGAAGAUUUGCAGAGCUCUAUGGUUUGUGA